AUGGGCAUUGUCAAAGAAAUAGUGCUUUUGUUUUUCUGCAUGAUUCUGCCACAAACAGCAACUCAACAACUUCUUGAAGAAGACUUGUCGAAAACGGAACUAUUUGAUUGUUCACAAUACUUGAAGUUCGAUUCCACACAUGAUAAUAUAUUGAAAAUAUGGUCUAAAAAGUGUGAUGGGUAUUUUAGAUUGGAUAAUAAUGAUGGUAAAUUGUAUUUAAUUAAACAGAUAGACAGAGAAUAUGUCUGCUCAUCUUCACUAACUUCAGAUUGCAAAAUAUCAUUAACAUUAUCUUGUAAAUCAGCUCUAGAAUCGUACGACAUCCCCUUGAUCAUCAACGUUCUCGAUAUUAACGACCACGCUCCUCAUUUCAAAGAGCAGCUGAUGACCCUGAACAUAUCAGAAUCUACACAACCAGGAGAAUUUUUCCACAUAGAGCCAGCCAAUGACGCCGAUGGUGGAAAUAAUUCUCUCAUCACGUACACACUGCAUCCAUCAAAAUCCAUUUUUCAACUUAAAUUUUUAGAAGACUCCUUUGGCAAUAUUGUAGAUUUAAGAUUAGAACUCCUCUUAGCGCUCGACAGAGAACAAAUAGAUAAUUACAAAUUUCGAAUUGUUGCAACAGAUAACGGUGUUCCUCAGAAGUCAUCCACUCUAAAUAUCGACAUUAAUGUUUUGGAUGAAAAUGACAACCAACCAGUUUUUGAACAAUCAUCUUACUACUUUGAAAUGAAAUCGGAUGAUCCGGUUGGGCAUCUGGUAGCCAAAAUAAAAGCGGUUGAUUUAGAUGAAGGUAAUAACGGAAAAAUCAAAUAUUCAUUUAAUAAAAAAACACAAGGCAUAUACGGUGAGUUAUUCAGCAUUAAUAGUGAUUCGGGUGAUAUAACGUUAAUAUCAAAAUUAUCAGACCACCCUUCAGUUACAUCUCCAUUCUCUUUGAUUGUUUCUGCAACAGACUCAGGAUCAAACCAGUUUCCCGUCAUGGUUCCAGUAGAAGUAAAAGUUUUAAAUACUAAUGCUCAUUCGCCGGUCAUAUCUCUUGUAUCAAAUUAUUUAGGCAGUGAUAACAGCAAUUUGAUUGUCGAAGAAAACAAUGCAGAAAAUUUCCACGUGGCGGAUGUUGUCGUACAAGAUGAGGACCAUGGUGCUGACGGUAUGGUAGACUGUGAAAUGAAGAACAACAAUGUGCUCAGCUUAUUUAGAACGAAUGAUAACGAGUUUCAACUGAUUAUUAAAGGAAAGUUAGAUAGAGAGCAGGAAGGUAGACACACAGCAACAAUUUGGUGUGAGGAUAUGGGCGAUGAACCAAAAUCCUCUAUGCUUCAGGUUAAUGUUAUUGUGACCGAUCUAGAUGACAACCCACCCGUUUUUUCAAAACAGAAAUACGUUGUCAGUUUGCACGAAAACAACUUAGUUAACAAGGAAAUUGUUCAGUUGCAAAUAAUAGAUGCUGAUAUUGAUCCAGCAAAUCACAAUGUGAAUUUCUACGUUGAACCCCAUUUUGAGCAUUUAUUUUCUGUUGACAAUAAAGGAACGUUGUCAGCGUUAAUUUCUUUUGACCGAGAAAUAAACGAGCACUACUCUUUUCAUGUUUUUGCUAAAGGAGGUAAAAUUUCAAAAGAAAACUCUUCUGUGAUUUACAAACACGUUACUAAGACGUUGAUUGAUCUUUUUAUUUUAGAUUUAGAUGAUGAAAUUGCAAAAUUUGAUCAACCUUGGUACAAAUUUAAUAUAUCAGAAAAUCAACCAGCUGGUACUUUUGUGGGUCAAGUUAAAGCUCAUGAUGUUGACCAACAUCCUCAUAAUCUCAUUGAGUAUUCGUUAUAUCCCAUUAAAAAAAUCAUUCCCAACUCAUUGAAAAAUUCAAAUGAUCAACAUCUUUUACCGCCAAAUUUAUACACCAAUCAAUUUCAACAACGAAAUUCUAAUCUCCCAUUCUACGUGGACUCUACAAACGGUAACAUAUUAACAAACAAGUUAUUAGACCGAGAAGAAUGCAGUCAUUAUGAAUUUAAAGUUUACGUCAAAGAAGAAAGUGCCAAUAUUUUUGUAGACGUACUUGAUGUCAAUGACAACCCUCCAUCGUGGAUCUUCCCCACGGCAGAUAACUGUCUUAGGCCGGAAGAGUUGAAAUUGAAAGGAAAUUUAACUUUUGCUCGUCAGCUAACAUCUCUUAUAGCAACUGACAGAGACUUGAACAAAAAUGCGGAAAUCACUUAUUCAAUAAUUUCUGGAAAUGAUUUUAAUCAGUUUUCAGUUGAUGCCGUGACCGGUGUACUUUCGUGGAACUCUUACUUAUUUGGUCCACUAGCUUCAAAUCAGUGUCAAACAAAAUUAAAAUUCAAAGCUCAAAAUGCUGAUCAAUCAAAUUCCAAUUUUGAAAUUGCGUGUCUCGAUGUAAUCUUCGAAGAUUGUUUAUUACAUCAAAUGCAAGUAGAGAAACAAGAAUCAGCAAAGCUUGCGGCAAACACGAAUGAAAACAGUAAGUCAUUCUUCCUUGACAACUAUCUUCUCAUUUUAAUCAUCGUCUCAGUGUCGUGCAUCAUCAUCACUAUUGUCCUCACGACUGCCAUUUGCAUAACGCGAAAACAAAACAGAGCAAUGAAAAAAGAAAGAUUUAGCCAAAAUGAAGAUCUUCGAGCAAGCAUCCCACUGGCGGGAGCAGACGGAGAGGCAGUGCUGGUGUUGGAUCGGUCGUCAACGAACGAGAGCACGGACCAGCUGACUGGAAUCCUCGUCUCCCUCAAGAGAGCUGAACAACUCGGCGGAAGGCUGCAGCUUCGAAGUUUGGGACCGUCACGUGACAGUCUGACGAGCGCAUCCGUCAUUCUCUGCAGGGAGAAGGAUGCUGACAGUGGAUACGCCGAUGUCUCAUCACCUGUUUGAUUGAUUGGUUCAUUGGUUGGCUGGUUGUUGAUUGGUUAAUCGAUUGGUUGGUUGAUUGAUUGUCUGACCGAUUGACUGACUGAUUGUUGGGCUGUCCAUUAAAUAAUGAUACGCAUUUGUUUUCAUCUCCAACAUUUUUUUCUUCAAAAAUUAAACUUUUAUCAGCCGUAGGUUUUCUUUCUGUUUUUAUACACAAUUGCAAGUAAAAAUAAACUAGCAGCAUGCGUAGGAAAAUAAGCAGAGCAUUGACACAACAAAAAUUUAUUAGCUUUCAAUAAAACUGUGUCAAUUUGUAUAAUAUUCUUGAUAUAUUAUAUAAAUAAAUAAAAAGAAUUAAUUAGUUAUAUAUCAUUAUAUAUUUAUAAUACAGGACGUGACAUCCUUGUUUGUAGUGUUUUACUUUCUUCUUCUUGUUGCCUCUCUAUUUUGACAGUUUAUAUUCAAUUUGAAAACCAUUUUAAAAACGAUUCCCACUUUCUCAACGUGUACUCACCUCAUCGUCAACUAAAUCGUUUGCACUUUUUCAAAAGAUUAUUAAUUAAGAUUUUAGCGUUUUAGAAAUAUGUGUUUUCGUAUAAUUAAUCUGCAUGUUAUAAAUUAUGCGUCUAAAUAUUUGAUUGACUGCAUAUGAAUAUGUUUACAGGUACCUGUGCCUCCCUGUAUGUAUAUGUGCCUGUGUGUUUAUCCGUACCUCCGCUUCUGUGUAUGUCUGUUUAUGUGUGUAGUUAGGUUUAAAUAAAAGUUACACAUCUGUUUGUUUUUUUACACACGCACAUGUUUGUACGACUGUGUUUAUUGCUUGCCCACAAAAGCUUAACAUUCGAAAACAUUAUACCUAUGCAUAUUCCGGGUUAGUAACUUCCUGUUUAACUUUUAGAUUUUUCUAACGGUAGAUCGUAAAUGACUGUCAAGUUUCUUGAGUUCAAAAGAAAAAUUUUUAUUUAUUUUAAGCAUGAUAGAACAUCUAAACCUGAUAGAACAAAAAAACUUUUUUUCAGUAUUCCUAUACCAUCUUCGGUGUUCGAAUUGAUACGUUGUGUAUAUGGCCAAAUGCUCAAGUCUGUGUCUCUACAAUGUGGUUCUGAACUCAAGACAUGUUAUUUUCAUCAAUAAUUGCAUUUCUGACAGUUUAUAUAAAGAAUUUGUAUAACCCAGUACUUGUUGCAGUUUAUAUAGGGAGUUUGUGUAAGCCAGGCCUUUGUUCCUGUAAUUUGCAUUCAUUGUUAUUAGUAGUCACUUUGUUACCGUUACUGUCUUCUUACCGUUAGAAAAUUCGAAAACUUAAGCAACACACACCACACACACAUACACACAUACACAUACACACACUUAAGAAAGCAUUUUAAUGGAUACAUUUCUGUUCUAUAUUCUAUUAUCUCGUCAUAUCUGUUGUUUUUGAUUGUCUGUUCAUCGUGGACUUCCAUAUAUAACAGAUAUGCUAGAUGCACCAAAUGGCAAAUUUGCAAAUACAAGAAACCCAAAAUUUUGAAAACUGUUUAAAUUUUAGAAUGAAGAACGAGUAAUUAUCUUCAUUAAAAUCAACCAAUGUCAUCAUUACAAUAGUCAUCGUCAUCUACAUCGCAACACAAGCACAGCAUUUAUCUCCAUUGAUCGGAUCAGCGUAGGUCCAAUAUUAUCUUCAGAGCAGAUAGAAAUUUAUAUUCUUGGUCAAGUAUUGAAAAAAUUAUUUGCCAAAAAUGUAGUUGUUUAAAAAAGUAGUAAUCUGUUAAAGACAAAUUAAUGAAUUGAUCAUUUUUACUAUUUUUGUUGACGAUAAUGCAUAAAAAUGUUUCGGUAGAAAGGCUGACCGGUUGUAAUUUGAAUAUUUUUAUUUAUUUUUGGGGAGGUUUCUCCUUGUGCAAUAUCCCUAAGGAACGGAUCUUGACAACGUUGUCGGUAGCGGCUAAAUGUUGAAAUUUUACGGGAGGGUCCCAAAAGCUACCAACAUUUUUGUCAGAUGUGGCCAUAAUUAAGCUGGCGAAUUUUUUAGCAUAUCUUAAAGAUACUACUCACAAAAUGGUCGGCACCCCUUAAAAUCCCCAAUGGUAGUCCCACCUGCCCUACCUUUAAUCCGACCCUGUGUUAAAGUGUUUCAUAACACUAACAUUUCAUCUGAGCAUUUGUUACUCGCAUAUACAUUAAUUUAGAUGAUCAAAUUAAUAGUGUAAAGCAUGUCAUAUUUAAAAAUAAUUAUAAAUAUUAAAAAAAAAUGUAUGUAGUUUGUAGAUUUCUUUCAAUGUGCUCCACGCAGCUGAUGCUUGCAGCAUGUGGUUAGGUGUGUGCGUGAUGUGAUGUGUGCGUGAUGCGUUUGUGGUUUGUGUGUGGUGUUGUGUCGUUGUUGCUAUGUUGAAAAUACAUCAUUCAAAGAACAAAACGAUCUCCGACAAUUUCAAACUGUUAACACACCAGUUGAAAUAUUUUUCACGCUUCCUCUCUGUUGCUGCCUUCUUAGCCUAUUUACGUUGCAUUGGUUCAAACACGUGGGCAGAUAAAUGUAAUGAGAGAAGUGCUCAAACACGUUUGAGCAAAAUUGUAUUUGUUUAACAAUUUGAAACUAAAACUCAGGCCGUUUUGUUAUAAUUUAAAAAUAUACUCACGCCUAAUUUCAAUUUUGUUUUUUUUGAAAAUAUAUUCUGUAGAAGGUUAUUUUUCCCAUAUUUCAUAUUUGUUCUUAUCUUAAAGUUAACCCAAGAUAUUGGUUGGGUUAGAUUUCAAGUAUUCCGUUGUGUACUGGAAGAUGCUUGCACAUGAUUUCAACCAAAGACGCAAAUGCUAAAUAGAAUGUAAAGUGUAAACUUUUCUUGUUCGUAUAUCACUGAGGGAUCGCGUGCAUCGUUUGCAUCAACAAAUAAAAAACGUUGAUUACAGACGUUUAUAAACGCAUCUUAAUUCAUUUUUAAUUUCUGGCUUUCUUGUCGGUGUAUAUACUUUUAUAGCGUUUUAUUGUUUUGCUGGAUUUAUGCGUUGCAUCUCGAGUGUGACUUCAGAGGAGCUGCAUGUCUUGCCCAGCUCCUUCAUUCUUUGUUCGUCUGCCUUUUAUACGUACAUGCCGAAAAAGUUGAGCAUCUAUUAGCAUUUAAAAUGUGAACACUCAGAUGAUGUUGAAUAAUUUUGUUUGCAAACAUUUCUUUCAUGUGUAGAACAUAUACUCUGGGUCCCACAUUAACCAUUGUACAUUUCUAGAGAAAAAUUUUCAAGUUUAAAAACAUGAAACUUUUAUUUAUUUAUUUAUUUGUUCAAAUGCUAUUUAAUUUAAAAUUUUAAUUUAAAAUUCAAUUUUUUAAUUUGUUCUCAAUUUCUUCAACAUUUAAUUUGCCGAAGAUUUUCUGAAAAUCAGCGUUGGUUUGAAAGUAAUUUCGUUUAUUUAUCCUCCACUUUUUAAUGUUCUUUUUACAAUUCUCGUUUUUAUUUGAAAUGAAGAAAAUAAAUUCAAACAUUCUUACAACCAAA